AUCUGUUUCCAUCGACUCCAGCUGCUGCUCGUCAGACCCCCAACAGCCAUGGUGAAGCAGGUCGACAGCAAGGAAGUUUUUCAGGAAGCUUUGGCGGCUGCAGGAGACAAACUUGUAGUAGUUGACUUCUCAGCCAACUGGUGCGGCCCUUGCAAAAUGAUCAAGCCUUUCCUUCAUUCCCUCUCUGAAAAAUAUUCCGACGUCUUGUUCCUGGAAGUAGAUGUAGAUGCCUGCCAGGAUGUCGCUGCAGAGUGUGAAGUCAAAUGCAUGCCCACCUUCCAGUUUUUCAAAAAAGGUCAAAAGGUGGGUGAGUUUUCUGGAACUAACAAGGAAAAGCUUAAAGCCACCAUUAAUGAAUUUCUCUAAUCAUGUUUUCUGGAAAACAUAACCACCCAUCAGCUGUUUAAUACUUGUAAUUUUUAAAACAUUAUGGAAAGUAUGAAGUAUGGAAACUAUGUACCCAACUGCCAUCGGAUUAUAAAUGACAAUAAGCUAUUCAUUCUACCCUUUUAAAAACUGUUCUUCAACAACCACACUGUAUCACUAAUACCAGCCAACUACUUUUUGAAAUUGUUCUACUGUUGUAAAGAUUAG